AUGCGUGUCACUAUGACUCCCGUCAUCAUCUUCAUGAUGUUUGUCCUCUUCGCCAUGAUGGCCUCCGCCCAUCACGUCCAAUGCGCCGGAAAGGCUCUUGCCGCCCCCACCGGACAGGUCAAGCAGGCCGCCAAACACAUCAAGGACAUGGGCUCCAUCGCCUGGUAUCUCGAUCCCAAUUCGUGCGAGGUUAUCGCUUGCAAGGGUCGUGCUCAGGUUCGCUGGUGCAAUGAGGAUACUCGCAAUGGCCGCUCGAUUAUGGCUGAGCACAUUGCUGAGGGAGCUUACGUCCUGGCCAAAGACUGUGAGACACGCUACAAUGGCAAGUCUGUUGCUGGUGGCUAUCUUACCCACGAUGACAACUGGUCCGUUAUUGUGCAGGAUGCACAGUGCUAG